UCGCCCGUCCCUCUCGUAGCAAUGGAAGCAGCUGUCGAGGUUACAGCGGAACGUGAUUCUCCUCCUGCUGGCGUUUCUCGCGCUCUGCGGCCUCCUGUCCUUCGUCAGCCUGGCUGAGGAGUGGAAAGCCCUGGAGGGCAGGUCGUCGGAAGGACUGAACGUGAGACCAGCAAACCCACCCAUCCUGCCAGCUCCUCGGAAAGCAGAGGCGAAGCCGGAAACCGUCCCGGGGGGCCCACCGCAGAGGCCUCAGGGGCAUUUCCGCCGGGGACCCCCCAAGCUGCAGAUGAGAGCCCCCGAGAGCGACGCCAAGGACAGGAGGCAGGAUGCGGCGGCCCGGGGGGCGGGAGCGGGCGGCGCUGGCUGGGAAGGCGCCGCGCAGAGAACCAGCUGGAGAGGAGCCGCGACAGAGCCGGAGCAGGGCACCCAAGGCCCCUCGAGGAAGGCAGAGGGCGCCCCCAAGCCUUCCCCGCAGGCUGCGAGGAUCCCACAGGAUCCAGCCCAGCAGAACAAGCGCCAGCAGGCCGUGGUGGAGGCCUUCCGCCACGCGUGGGCCGGGUACCACAAGUUUGCCUGGGGCCACGACGAGCUGAAGCCCGUGUCGCGGUCCUUCGCCGAGUGGUUCGGCCUCGGCCUCACGCUGAUCGACUCCUUGGACACCAUGUGGAUUCUGGGCCUGAAGAAAGAAUUUGCAGAGGCCAGGGAGUGGGUGUCCGAGAAGCUGUGGUUUCAGAAAAACGUGGACGUCAAUCUGUUUGAGAGCACGAUCCGGAUCCUGGGGGGGCUCCUGAGCGCCUUCCACCUGUCGGGGGACGACCUCUUCCUGGAGAAGGCCGAGGACUUUGGAAAUCGCUUGAUGCCUGCGUUCCAAACACCCUCGAAGAUUCCGUACUCCGACGUCAACAUCGGCACUGGGGUUGCUCACCCGCCCCGAUGGACCUCCGACAGCACGGUGGCCGAGGUGACAAGCAUUCAGCUGGAGUUCCGAGAGCUGUCCCGUCUCACGGGCAACAAGAAGUUUCGGGAGGCGGUGGAGCAGGUGGCGAGGCACGUGCACUCCCUGUCUGGCAAGAAGGACGGGCUGGUGCCCAUGUUCAUCAACACCAACAGCGGGCUCUUCACCCACCUGGGCGUGUUCACCUUGGGCGCCAGGGCCGACAGCUACUACGAGUACCUGCUGAAGCAGUGGAUCCAGGGCGGGAAGACGGAGACGCAGCUGCGGGACGACUACCUGGAAGCCGUGGAGGGGAUCAGGAGGCACCUCCUGGGCAGGUCGGAGCCCCAGAAGCUCACCUUCGUGGGGGAGCUUGCCCACGGCCACUUCAGCGCCAAGAUGGACCACCUGGUGUGCUUCCUGCCGGGGACGCUGGCUCUGGGCGCCCACCACGGCCUGCCCGCCGACCACAUGGAGCUGGCCCGGGCGCUCAUGGACACCUGCUACCAGAUGAACCGUCAGAUGGAGACGGGGCUGAGCCCCGAAAUCGCGCACUUCAACCUGCAUUCCCAGAAGGCCGCGAAGGACGUGCAGGUCAAGCCGGCUGACAGGCACAACCUGCUGCGGCCCGAGACGGUCGAGAGCCUCUUCUACCUGCACCGCUUCACGGGCGAGCGCAAGUACCAGGACUGGGGCUGGGAGAUCCUGCAGAGCUUCAACGCGUACACCAGGGUCCCCACGGGCGGCUACUCGUCCAUCGGCAACGUCCAGGAUGCCCGCAACCCCCAGCCCAGGGACAAGAUGGAGAGCUUCUUCCUCGGGGAGACCCUCAAGUACCUGUACCUGCUCUUCUCCGACGACCCGGACCUGCUCAGCCUGGACGCCUACGUCUUCAACACCGAGGCGCACCCCCUGCCCAUCUGGGCCCCCGCCUAGGGCGGGCCCGCUGCCCGG